UUUCCUCUUCCCAUCAUCGGUCAAGGCGUGUGUGGCGUGCACGCCUCCCUCUCGCAGGUGACGGGAUGCCGUCACGCGGGACCUUACUUUGUGGAGGUGUGGAUGCGGAAAAAGCGAUAAUGAAGGUUUCGUGUUAAUUUUAUUAGGUGCGAGGCCAGUUCAAAAAUCAUGUUUCCUUUGAAACACCAGCAAGAUGUACAACCGAAAAUUGCAUUGUAAUGGAGAAAGUAAUAGAGUGACAACGUCUUCUGCAUAAUUCAGGUUUGCAUAGCUGGUAUCAACAUUUUGUAGCGAAGCAGGAAGUCUUUUGGUGUUGUCGAUGUGAUUUAUUUUUUUUUUUUUUCCUUUUGGGGAAAAAAACACCUCAGUAUUCAAAAUGGGACAAGAUCGUGGAAGAUAUGACUUCUAUAUUGGACUGGUGCUGGCUGUCAGUUCUAGUCUUUUUAUUGGAGGGAGCUUUAUCCUAAAGAAGAAAGGUCUUCUUCGCUUGGCCAAGAAGGGCUCCAUGAGAGCAGGACAAGGGGGUCAUGCAUAUCUUAAAGAGUGGCUUUGGUGGGCAGGCUUGUUAUCUAUGGGAAUGGGAGAAGCAGCUAAUUUUGCUGCUUAUGCCUUUGCUCCAGCAACUUUAGUUACUCCACUUGGUGCUCUCAGUGUUCUUGUAAGUGCCAUUUUGUCCUCCUAUUUUCUCAAUGAGAGGUUAAAUCUUCAUGGUAAACUUGGCUGCCUGCUCAGUAUCCUGGGGUCCACUGUAAUGGUUAUUCAUGCACCUCAAGAAGAGGAGGUUGAAAACUUGGAAGAUAUGAAUAGUAAAUUGGCAGAUCCAGGGUUUGUGGUAUUUGCUACGUUUGUAGUCAUUGUCGCCUUGAUCUUAAUUUUUGUCGUGGGACCUCGCCAUGGACAAACGAAUAUCCUAGUUUAUAUAACCAUUUGUUCUGUGAUUGGAGCACUGUCUGUAUCCUGUGUCAAAGGUUUGGGAAUUACCAUUAAAGAACUUUUUGCAGGGAAACCUGUUCUGAGGCACCCAUUAUCAUGGAUUUUUUUAUUAAGUCUAAUAUCUUGUGUAAGCACACAGAUCAACUACUUGAAUAAGGCUUUGGAUAUCUUCAACACUUCACUUGUGACUCCUAUUUAUUACGUGUUCUUCACAACAUCUGUUUUAUCAUGUUCUGCCAUUCUGUUUAAAGAAUGGCGACAUAUGGGCACUGAUGACAUCAUUGGCACUUUCAGCGGUUUUCUUACUAUAAUUGUGGGCAUAUUUUUGCUUCAUGCCUUUAAAGAUGUCAGUUUUUCAUUGGCUAACCUGCCUCUUUCAGUACGAAAAGAAGAUCGGUCCACAACAUCUGCCAAUGGAGUGUUAUCCCACACUGCUUAUGAACUUUAUGAUAAUGUAACAGAGUCGCAGGAGGGAAUACUGGAAUUGCACUCUGAAAAUGUUUCAAGAAGAAAUGGCACUGUGGCCGCAGUCUAAUUUGCAUAUUUGAAGUAAAACCACAAGUCCACUGCAAAAUUAAUGUUGAUCCCAUGCCUGGAAGCAUUUUUACUACUUCCUAGUGACUUCUUCACAUUUGCUUGAAACAAAGACAAUCAGUUUAUUAUUUUAAUGUAUGAAUGGAGAUGGACCAACUAAUUAUUAUGUUUUAGUUUGCCUUUUCUUUUGUUUUUCUUUUCUACUUAAAAGCGUUCAUUAGGCACCACUCAUUUAUGUUUAAACAUUUCUCUGCACAUGUUUGAUUUCAGUAUGAUGUACAUCACUAGUUUAUUUGAUAUUAAUUUAAAAAAUGAAAAACUGACCGUACAAAAAGAAGAACUAUAUAUUACCUGGCUCAACUCUUUUAUUUUCAGGUCUUCACUAUCAAAGCUCCCUUGUCACAGUAUACAAAUAACGUUUUGGGAAUAUAUACUUGCUUUGAAAGUCUUGCAAGAAGAUUGUCUGUAGCAAGAAAUUUGUGAAAUUUCACUUUUUUAGUAUGUUCAGUGUAUGAGGUUCUAAAGUAAUUUACUACAAUUGUGCUUAAAAUAAAAUUAAGAAUUUCCAAGUAUUAGCAUCUUCUAAAAGCACAGAAAUUAAUAUCACUUGUGCAAGCAGAAUUUGGGGUGUAAAACAAAAAUGAGAGUUUUGCUGGCCUUGGGAUGAUGGGCUCGAGUGUAUUCCCGCAUUUUGCCAGUGAAUGAGUAUAUAAAUAAGAGUUUUACUUGGAUGUGGUGAUCUCUACAGAGAAAAGGAUGGGGUUGCGUAUAUAUAUAUAUUUUUUAUUUAAAUCAACAACUUGUAAAACAUGAACUACAAUUUUGAGCAAUCUAUUUACUAUAUAUAUGCAAUUUGAAUUCACUAUUGUUAUGUGAUUGAAUAUUUUAAGUGAAAUUCUUAUUUAAGAAUCAAUAAUGCGCAGUAAAAGUUCUUGAUUAAAUACAAUUUUUAAAAAAUGAAA